AUGGCUUCGCCGCACCUCAAGGCAGUCAUCUUCGACGUCGGCGGCGUCGUCUGCAAGAGCCCUCUUCUCGCCAUUGCCGCAUACGAGAGAGAACAAGGCCUGCCAGAUAACUACAUCAAUUGCGCGAUAUCAGCGCGCGGCUCCCAUGGCGCCUGGCAGAGGUUCGAGCGCGGCGAGAUGCCCCUCUUCCCUUUCUACGAAGCCUUCGGCCAGCAGCUCUCCGACACGACGGUCAACAACCCCUGCUACGCCGACUACUGCCGCCGGAAGAGCCUAGCAUGCCCCAAGCUCCCGGACAAACUCGCCAUCAACGGCAGAGAGCUAUUCGGCCGUAUGAUGCGAGACAGCAGAUCCCUCGACGAAGCCGUCGUCGAAGCCAUCCGGCGAAUAAGAGGCGCGUCCGGCUACUUGCUCCUCACGACGGGGCUCCGCCCCAGCCUGACACGCGAUCCAGCCACACGCAGGUGGCGAGUCAUCGCGCUCACCAACAACUUCUCCAGCAACGCGUCCGACAUGCUCGCGGAAGCGCCGCCGUCGGCGGAGCUCUACCCGGGCGUCACCCUCCAGUCUGAGCUCGCCUUUCUCGGCUGGGAGGACGGGCCCACCCCUCCCGCGCUGCGCGCCCUGUUCGACGACUUUUGCGACUCGAGCACGCUGGGAAUGCGAAAACCGGAGCCUGGUUUUUACCUCUUGGCCUGCGAGCGGAACGGCAUCGAGCCGUCACAUGCUGUUUUCCUCGAUGAUCUGGGAAUGAAUCUCAAGGUCGCACAGAGCCUCGGUAUGGAGACCAUCCACGUGCCGAUAGGGAGGUCGCACAGCGCUAUCGAGCAGCUGGAAAGGAAGUUGGGCAUCGAACUCACGACCGAGCGCCUCCGGACACUUCCCAAGCUUUGA